GGGUUGGGGUUGGGGGCAGGGUUGGGGGUCGGAGUUGAGGCUCGGAACUGCUCUCCUUUUGGGGCUCGGACGUUUGAGGACUUCCCUGUAAUAUUUCUCCGGGAGCUGAGCUUCUGUCGGGAGAGCUGUGUCCAACACCUUGGGAUAUCCUCCCGACAUGAAAGGCACUGCAGUAAUAUAAAGAUGCAUUGGCGUGACUCCGUCCCCUCCUCGCUGGUCUGUUGCACUGUGAGUGUGUGGGGGUUAUUUGCUGGUGAUUUCUCACUGGUUUCUCUUACCUUGAUAGACAUUAUUGAAGAUGGCUGAAGAGGAUGAUAAGCGAGAGGCAGGAGGCAGUAACAUCAGGUUGGUUCGGUAUCUCUUCAUGCUCCAGAGAUGUCUGCCUCUCCAUCACCUCGGACAUCUCCAUCUCCCGCGUGUGUUGGCAGCUGGUGACUUGGGGCUGGAGGCUGAGCAGCUGGAGAAGCGCUUUCUGCCCAAACACAUCACAAAUCUUCAGGUGUCAGAAAGCGGUUGGGACCGAAUCCGGGAGCUGUUUGACCAAGAGCGGAUGCAAAGCUAUCCUGAGGAACUAAUGAACAUCUGGAAGGGGGCAUUGAUGGCUGGGAGUGUGGGGCUGGUGUACGGGGGCAUUCCUGCUGCUCAGCACGCUAGGAAACGCUACAUCGAGCUGAGCCAGGCUGAAGUGUACAAACAUCGCAUUGAAGCUGUGCGCUCAGCACAUAAUGCCGCCAUCCGUGGCUUUAUCCGGUACGGCUGGCGGUGGAGCUGGAGAGUGACAGCCUUUGUGACAGUAUUCAACAUUGUGAGCACAGGCCUGUCCGUGUAUCGAGACCAGAAUAUCCUCACACAUUACUCUGUGGCUGGUGCAAUUACGGGUGGAUUGUUCCGGUUGAAUCUUGGCGUGGGUGGAGGUUUGGCCGGCAUGGUGAUCGGGGCAGUGUUGGGGUUACCCACUGGGGCCUUGCUGAUGUCGAUGCAAAAAGCUAAUGGAGAGACUGUGCGGGA